GCUCCGGCUGCCUCCGACCCUGUAGACACCGUAGGCCCUGCCUCGCUCGCUCGCCCCGGACGGGGACGCGCGGGCUGACGCACAGGCCACAGCCUCCGCCUCGGGGCGCAUGGACUCCAGCCCAGGGGUGACAUCUGCGGGAGGCGGUGCGGGGAGCGGGCGUCCUCCCGCCCGGGCUCGGCUCCUGGCGGCCUUUCGCCUGCGCGGGUGACGGCGGCGUGCGGGCCGGGAAGCGCAGGGCACGCCGUCCUCCGCUCCGAGGCUGCCGGGCGCGCGGUGAAAGCCUCAUGCAGUUGCGGGCGCCGCCUGGGAGCUAGUGCGGGGCGAGCGCGGCGCCCACGCGCGGAGGAGUGGGCUCCGUGCUCCCGGGGACCGGGCGGGGCAGGGGGCAUCCUGCAAAGUUGACCCGGGGCGGGCUAUCGCCGGCGCCCUGCUGCCCUAGAUUCGCCCGGUUCUUCCCGCGGAGCCAGGCGUGGACCUCGCCGCCCCGCUGACACCCGAGGGACUGGGAGAAGCCAUCGGGCGUCGGCUGUAGCCCGCGCAGAGCGAGAUGGAGGCUGCGAGAAGGGACGCGCCGGCCGGCGCUGUGUAGCCCGCUGGCCCCGGGGCUGGACCUUGCCCGGACGCUGUUGGGGGGGCGCGAGCAGGGCCCUCCCCCGGGCUGCCAUGGAGGUGCCCAAUGUCAAGGACUUCCAGUGGAAGCGCCUUGCUCCACUGCCUAGCCGCCGGGUCUACUGCUCACUGCUGGAGACCGGGGGGCAGGUCUAUGCCAUCGGGGGAUGUGAUGACAAUGGUGUCCCCAUGGACUGCUUCGAGGUCUACUCCCCCGAGGCCGACCAGUGGACCUCCCUGCCCUCCUUGCCCACAGCCCGGGCUGGGGUAGCGGUUACUGCCCUAGGAAAGCGGAUUAUGGUGAUCGGGGGUGUGGGCACCAAUCAACUGCCUGUGAAGGUCGUGGAAAUGUACAAUAUCGAUGAGGGCAAGUGGAAGAAGAGGAGCGUCCUGCGCGAGGCUGCCAUGGGCAUUUCUGUCACAGCUAAAGAUUACCGAGUAUAUGCUGCAGGUGGGAUGGGCCUGGACCUUCGUCCGCACAACUACUUGCAACACUAUGACAUGCUAAAGGACAUGUGGGUGUCACUAGCACCCAUGCCCACCCCAAGAUAUGCUGCCACCUCCUUCCUCCGGGGCUCCAAGAUCUAUGUGCUGGGGGGACGACAAUCUAAGUAUGCAGUCAAUGCCUUUGAGGUCUUUGACAUAGAGUCUCGGUCCUGGACCAAGUUCCCCAACAUUCCCUGUAAGCGAGCCUUCUCCAGCUUUGUGAACCUGGACAACCACUUGUACAGCCUGGGAGGCCUGCGACAAGGUCGUCUCUACCGGCAGCCCAAGUUCCUCCGGACAAUGGAUGUGUUUGACAUGGAACAGGGGGGGUGGCUGAAGAUGGAACGCUCAUUCUUCCUUAAGAAGCGCCGGGCAGACUUUGUGGCUGGUGGUCUGAGUGGACGAGUCAUAGUGGCUGGUGGACUUGGAAACCAGCCCACUGUCCUGGAGACAGCAGAAGCAUUCCACCCAGAGAAGAACAAAUGGGAGGCCCUCCCACCCAUGCCCACACCCCGCUGCGCCUGCUCCAGCAUUGUCUUCAAGAACUGCCUCCUGGCUGUGGGGGGUGUCAGCCAGGGUCUGAGCGAUGCAGUAGAGGCGCUGUAUGUCUCUGACUCCUAGCCGGCCCGAGCAGCGCCUUCUCCUGGACAGUGUCACUCCACUCCUAACGUGAGGAAUGGUCUCAUCAAAAACAGUUUGGACUACUUCCUCAGGCUCCAACUCUUGUUACUGGCCAGUGGGGUCAAGCCCUGGGGUUCUCAGUGACCUCCCUCUAAACCCCCAAUCCCAGAGAGCUGAAGAAAGCAUAGUGGACUCCACCAGUCUAUUAGAGCUGGGCUGUGGACUGGGGAGAUGUCUCAUACAGUGUUCAGACACAGAAAGACACAAGAAUGUUUCCCCCCUCUCACCUACCUCCUGAGGUGGAGGGCAGUUGCCACAAAGAAGGGGAGCUAUUGUCCUUCCCCAUCUCUGAGGUACUUUGUCAUGAGAAAAAUUUAUGAAGAACAGGGCACCCCCAACCCCUUGUAUCUCUUUGGUUGAUGUCUGUUCCCCAUAUAGAAGUCAGCUGUGGGCCUGCCCAAAUCUCACCUACUUAUCAGGGACUAGACUUGAAGCAAGGGCAGUUGUAUAGGAAGGAAGCUGGGGGUCACACACCAGGCCAGGCCAAUAUCCUUGGCAGAGAGGACCCUUCCUCUUAGGUUCUUUUGGGCAUGUGAUGAUGGAGAGUCAAUAUCUUCUAGUUUGCCUUUUGUUACCCUCUCCCAACCCAAGGCCUGCCCAACAGCCCUCAGAGUGUUUCUGGGUAAAACCUUCUCAUUUACACUGUGGCUUCCAAAUCCACAAAGGGUGGAUUAAUAAUUGCACUCUGAUUAAUAACAGCAGCACAAUGA